GUAUUCUCCCCCACCACAACCCCUGCCAUGAUAGUGAAAGGUAUUGCAUAAUUCAAGUAGGAAAGCCGAACCAAGCAUAGAACAAAGACAUAGCUACAAAAAGAAACCCUGAUCACAAUCUUUCCAUUGGACAGCUUCCUCUCUGCCUUUAUAAGUAGUAUUGACACCAGCAGAAACAAGCAAAGAGACGAGCAAGAGAAUUGAUGACCUUGAGACAAGAGUCGAUGAUGGGGAAGAGAAAAUUAGCGAGUGAAGGGAAGGGAAACAGUGUCGAUGAAGAGGUGAAAUGGGAGCAAAUGGUGAUGGAUAGUGCUGCAGCAGUGGCAGCAUUCAAUGGGGCUCGGCGAGCAAGGAAAAGAUUCGUUGGGGUCAGGCAAAGGCCAUCAGGGAGAUGGGUGGCUGAGAUAAAAGAUACGAUACAGAAGAUUAGAGUAUGGCUGGGAACUUACGAUACUGCUGAGGAAGCUGCGAGGGCUUACGAUGAGGCAGCUUGCUUGCUUCGUGGAGCCAACACUCGAACAAACUUCUGGCCUUUUUCCCCAUCUUCGAAACCGGUUCUUCCUACGAAAAUUGUCAACCUUCUAUUGCUUAGGCUCAAAGCAAGAAACAACAGUGCUGCUUCUUCCAUGGCUUCCAAUUCGCCUGUUAACGUACCAGGGUAUGAACCAGCUGAAGGAGAGGAUAUGUGCAUUGAUGAUUUCUUCAAUGUGCCUGAAGAUUGUAGGCUGAAUACAACUUCUUCUUCUUCUACUUCUACAACAACUACAUCUAGUUCUACAACUGCCAGUGAUUGCAUGUUGGAGAUGAUGACUUUCGGGUCAAAUUUUGCUAACACAGAAAAUGGUGAUCAUGAUCUCAAAGCAAUUCAUUUGGGUAACAGUUACAUUGAUGGAGGGAGAGAGGAAAAGAGGGAAGGGUCGAAGGAAGAAGAAGAGAUUGAUAUGGAGGGGCCAUUAGAUUUCCAGUUUGUGGAUGCUGUAGGAUUAUCCUGUUACUGUUCUCCAUUUGAGAUCGCAGAAGAAAUGGUGGAGGUGCCAAUGGAGCAGCAGGAGAAUGACGGAGAUGAUCCAUCCAUGCUUAGUGAGACCAUGAAGAGAAUGAAGUAUGAACGCAAGUUCUCAGCAUCUCUUUACGCCUUCCAUGGGAUACCUGAAUGUUUAAGGCUGAGGCACCAUGAAUGUGCAGGAAAUGACAAGCCCGAACAUCAAUCUAACCUUAGAAACAACUUCAACACCGACAAGAAACCUGAGAUAAAGGAAGAACAUGAACAAGUUGGGAUCAUCCCAGAAACAUCAAUAGAAACAGGUUCCUCAUCAGCUUACUCUUCUUUGAGCAACGGAGCAGGUGAAAUCUGGAGCUCCCUUGAUCUCCCUCCCAUCUGCUUCAUGAGUUAGUUUUGACCAGAGAUAGACAACCUCAAAACAACAUAAACAAACA